AAUUUAACGAAACUUGAAACGAUGUUGUGUCUAGUCUGUCGCUGCUCGCUGCUUACUUCAUUCAACAAGACAACUCCGGCUACGUAACACUAACACACAAAAUUUUUAUGAAGUUUAUUAUAUAAAAUAAUUGAGAAUUAAAUAAAAAAAAAUGUUCGGAAUGCAUCGAAUAAUUUCAAUCAGUUUGUCGGUGUUACUCGUCAUGUCACUUUGCACAUGGAGCAGCAGCAAAGCGUACAACGUAAAACUCUCAAAUUACAACCAAAAGCAGCAGCAAAAUCAGCAAAAAGGUCAAGUCUCCGAACUCAAUGUCAUUGCUCGGAAUCGUACUUCGCUCUAUAAUGAAGUUUUCCGUCGCACUCAUUUCACCGAAGACUCCCUGCUUCCCUUCUUCUCGCACGAUCCAAGCAAACCAGAUGGCCCUGAAUAUUGGGAAGAUGCAGCGCCCUCUUGCGGCGGGAAUUAUCAAAGUCCCAUUUCGCUUCAUAGUCGGGAUGCGGUGAGUGUUCGUUAUCGCUCGUUGACCAUUAAUAACGCCGACAGCCUUCCUACGUCGAUAAAAUUGCAAAAUGACGGACAUUCUGUGAAAUACACGCCCACAUAUGCCAACGGUGAACAAGUUACCAUCUCGGGAGGACCAUUAGCGGAUGAGUAUGUGCUUCAUCAUUUUCAUUUCCAUUGGGGUUCGACAAAUGACAAAGGAUCCGAGCACUACCUAAACGGACGUCAAUUCGCAAGUGAAAUCCAUCUUGUGCAUUACAACAAGAAAUAUCGCUCCUUCGACGACGCAGCUGCCCAACCUCAAGGUCUCGCCGUCAUUGGAUUCUUCUACCAAAUAAGCAGCAGGCUUCAGGAUUCCUUCUUGGAUCAAGGCUUGGAUGCCGUCAGAAAUCCCAAUGACACGACAACGCUCCGCGAGGAAGACACUUAUAGCAUUUCCGACAUUAUCGGAGACACGCCUUUUGAGUUCAUAAGUUAUGCCGGUUCGCUCACAACACCUCCGUGUUACGAAACUGUGACGUGGAUUGUCGGCACGGAAAUUCUCGAAAUGUCAGAAACGGAAAUUCAGGCCUUUAGACGAUUGAGAGAUAGUAGCAACUCGCAAAUGGUUGACAAUUUUAGACCGUUACAGAAGAGAAAUGGCAGAAAAUUGUUCCUAUUUCACGAUGAUCUAUGAGAUGAUCGCAGUUUCUCGAAAGUUAUUGAGGACAAAAAUGUAAUAAAAAUUAUAAAUUGUUGUUAUUAA